AUGGAUCAAAAAAAGCAAAUUUACGUUGCAGUUCCAGCAUUCAAAGUAUCUGGAGAUGCAAUGGAUGAUGCCGUUUUAGAUGCAUUUGCAGAAUCUAUGGAAAUUGAUGUUCAAAAAGUAAAAGUUUUGGAAAAUAAUCAAAAUUUCUUUGUCUUUUCUGAUGAAAUUAAUAUGGACCUUGCAACUGCUAGCAAACAAAUAGAAAACUCUCGAAAUUUAUUGGUAAACUACGAUAAAUCUGUUCAUUACAUUACAAAGUUAAUUAGACGUUAUGAUACAACAAGAACCAAAUGUAUAGAUGUCAAUCAGGAAGUAACAGCACUAAAGACUAAAAAUGAAGAACUCAAACAAAAAUUAUUGGAAUUACAAAAAGAAAAUGCAAAAAGAGCAGAAGCUGUUAAAAAGGUCGAAGAUAACAUACGAAUUUUAGCACAAAAAUCACAAAAAUAG